AUGGAGAUAGCGCCACAAGCUAUGUCUAGCGGAGAGAUUACUCGUCGGUUCGGUCUUAUAUUAGAGGCGACGAUACCGCGGAGUCGAUCCAUCGACUCGGUCGUUUCCCACGGGCCAAACGCCUAUUGCCGCGAGCGAAAUCCGCCCGUCCCACCCCCCAAUAAGGAUCGAAACCGCCCGAGCCGACCGCCAAUCCCAGAGCCCCACCGG